GGUUCAUUUUUAGUUCCGCAGUAACAACCGAACCGGGCAGUUUAUAGUCGUCACUUUGAAUAUUGUUAUCAAUCGUCUUUUGGAAUAAAAAAUAUAACAAAAAAUAAAAACAAAUAAAUCUAGUUACUUAGUGGAAGCACCACCCUACAUAACAAUAUAAACAAUUUUUUUAAUUUUAUUAAUUCAUUCUCUUAAGGGUUUAUGAAGAUAAAUCGAUUUUGUCUUCUCUCUGUCAUCAUCACUUGAACACAAUUCUGUUUUUCGUGCAUUAAAAUGAAUUGGAUUAUAAAAAUCAUUUCUAUAUCAGCAACUAUCAAUUUGGCGUUAGCAUGUAACCGAAUUCCAGUUGGAACAACAGCGGGAAAAUCACCAUCUGAUGAUCGUUAUGUUGUCACAAUUGGCGGAAGUCCACAAAAUUUUGAACCAGGACAAAAAUACAAUAUUUCCUUAGCAGCAGUACAAGGCUACACUUUCAUUGGUUUCAUGUUAGCGGUCGAAGUAGACACUUCCAAUGGCAACAAUAAUGCCGAUCCUGCAGGAUUGGGCUAUUUUGAAAUUGUCGAUUUCUCUCAUACGAAAUUCAGUGAUAAAUGCAACAAUCUAGUUAUGCACACAAAUAUGUUGCCAAAAUCUAGAAUUGAUGUUGUUUGGACUGCCCCACAACCUGGUAGUGGCUGUGUUCUUAUUCGAGCCACUGUUAUCGAACAUCGGGAGGUCUGGUACAUGGACGAUGGAUUUUUGACGAAACAAUUCUGCGAGGAACAACAGGAUGAUAUUGAUAAUCAGCCAGCGGUGAUGGAUCCAUGUUGUGCUUGUGAUGAAGCUAAAUAUGAGCUGACAUUUGAAGGAAAAUGGUCACGACAUACACAUCCAAAGGAUUUCCCAGCAAAUAACUGGAAAACACGUUUUAGCGACAUCAUUGGAGCUUCACAUACCAUAGAUUAUAGGUUUUGGCGGUAUGGAGAUAAAGCGAGUGACGGAUUAAGGGAAGUUGCAGAGCAUGCUUCGACAAGGACACUGGAAAGUGAACUCAAGGAACAGAGCGAUCAAAUUCGAACGAUCAUCAAAGCUCGAGGAAUUGCCUAUCCCAAUGUGACAGGGAAGACCUUUGCUGUGUUCAGGGUUGACUCGAAGAAUCACUUGAUUUCUCUCGUAUCCAUGAUCGUUCCAUCGCCUGAUUGGAUUGUUGGAGUUUCGGGGUUAGAACUUUGUCUGCCUAAUUGCUCAUGGGUGGAACAUAAGAUUCACAACCUUUAUCCAUGGGAUGCUGGAACGGAUAGUGGCCCUUCAUAUAUGUCAGCUGAUCAACCUCAAGUUCCACCUGAUGUUAUUCGAAGGAUUAAGUCGAAUUUUCCAAAUGAUCCACGUUCGCCGUUCUAUGAUCCAUCAGGAGCUCCCAUGAAACCUUUGGCUCGUUUGCAUAUCUCUCGCCGCAGGCUUUAUGAGAAGACUUGUGACCAAAAUGAAUCUGAGAAUGAACCAGCAGAAUGUACAACUCAUCCAUGGGGACGAUGGAGCGAAUGCAGUACAAAGUGUGGACCUGGAGAACAAUACAGAACUAGGGAUUUCAAGAACCCUGGAGUGGCUCGACGUUUUAAGUGUCGCAACUCUCUGCGAGAGGAGCAACCCUGUCAGGGAACUAAAUGCGGUGGAUUCGAUGAUGAUGCCGGUGGAGAUAAUGGCGAUAAUGGGUACAGUGCCAGUCCAGAGAACCCUGAAUGUGCUCUAUCCGAAUGGACUCCAUGGUCAAGUUGUAGUGUUACAUGUGGAAAGGGAAAACGGACAAAGACUAGGACCUAUUUGAAUAGGAGGGCUAGGAAGAAGUGUCAGAGCGUUAGCCGAGUGAUCUUAGAACGGACCGAAGAGUGUGAGGGAGAAGUCUGUGGUGGAGAAAUAGGUGGUGAACAGGAAGAAGGUGGAGAGGGUGGCGAACAAGAAUCUGAGAAUGAGCAGGAAAAUAACGAAAACCCUUCUGAAAAUGGUGAAAACAACGAGGAGAAUGUCCGAACCAGAAACAGAUGGGGUGAUCGACGGGGCUAUAAGUCUCUAAUCGAGGGUGAGGAAGAGGAAGAAGUCAUUCCCCCAGAAUGCCAUGUCACCCCAUGGUCCAAUUGGUCCCCAUGUAACAGUCAAAACUGCGAGGAGGGUUUUCGAACCAGGGUCCGUGAAGUUUGGAACAACGAUGUCAUCCAUGGACUUCGAAACUCCAACUAUGGCAAUGACCCCUGUCGAAAUAUAAAAAAGCACGAAAUCGUCAAUUGUACCAUCAGCAACUGCGAUGAUGUCGUCCCGAGUAUUUGCUUUGAGGAGCCAGAAAUUUGUGAGUUCCGAAAUAGUUCGGUGACGACGUUUUGGUAUUACGACCAUAAGAGCAACCAAUGUGCUCUCUUCUUCACCAAUUGCUACGACAACAAUCGAAAUAAAUUUAAUUCGUCAGAAAAAUGCGAAGCAACUUGCAAAGAUCGCAUACCCUAUGAUUUGUCGGUUGAAGAUCUGCGCCUGGAGAAAGUCGAUUGUAAGGUCUCGGAAUGGGUGGCACAUUCUUGUAAUGCCACCUGUGGUGAUGGAGUCGAAAUCAAGACUCGUAAAGUUUUGCGAAGGCCCAAAUAUGGCGGAAAGCCAUGUCCCAAGAAAAUGGUACGCUUCGACAAGUGCUAUAAGCGUUGUCCUGAAGAACUGAUCAAUAGACAGAGAUUACAAUACACACGGCCGCCGGAGAACGAAUGUCGGUACUCGGAAUGGUCACCUUGGUCACCAUGUACAGCGACAUGUGGAAGUCAUUCGGUGAAGCAGCAGACAAGGGUUCUAUUGAACACGGAAUUAAGUUAUAAGUGUAGGGAGAGGGUGAGAAUAGAAAAAUGCUUUGUGAUGCCCUGUUUAAUAAAUGAGAAUUGUAGGGGGCCAUAUUGUUAGAGCUUAAGUUUUGGAUUAAAUAAGUUUCAAAAAUGUUUA